UCUGGAGUAGAAAGUGAAACUUUUUGACAUUCGCUGUCUUAGAGAGGAGAAAUGGCGCAGCGAGCAAUUCAGCCGGACCGAGAAAAACGGAGCUGUCCAAUUUGUUUGGAUCUUCUAAAAGAUCCAGUGACCAUUCCUUGUGGACACAGCUACUGCAUGAGCUGUAUCAGUGACUGCUGGGAUGAAGAGAAAGACAAGGAAACAAACAGCUGCCCACAGUGUAGGCAGAGUUUCAUGCCAAGGCCUGUACUGAUGAAAAACACCAUGCUGGCGGAGUUAGUGGAGGAGCUGAAAAAAGCAGAGCCUCAAGGUGCUUCACAUGAACCUUCUUGUGCAGGACCUGAAGACGUGGCUUGUGAUUACUGCACUGGAGAAAAGAUGAGAGCCUUCAAGUCCUGUCUGGUGUGUAUGGCCUCUUUCUGUGAGCAGCACCUCCAGCCUCACUAUUCUGUAGCUCUGCUGAAAAAACACAAACUUGUUGAAGCCACUUUUAAGCUCCAAGAGAAUAUCUGCUUCUGCCAUGACGAGGUGAUGAAGAUUUUCUGCCGCACUGAUCAGAAGUGCAUCUGUUACCUUUGCUCCAUGGAUGAUCACAGAGGCCAUGACAUGGUCUCUACUGCCGCUGAAAGAGCUGAGAGGCAGACAGAGCUCGGAGGGAGCCGGCAAAAAAUCCAACAGAGAGCCCAGGACAGAGAGAGAGAUGUCAAGGUGCUGCAGCAGAGGGUGGAGGCAUUCAGUCUGUCUGCUGAUGAGGCUGUGAGAGACAGUGAGAAGACUUUCACUGAGCUGAUCCAUCUUAUUGAGAAAAUGUGCUCUGAAGUAACGCAGCAGAUCAGAUCUAAACAGAAAACAGAAGUGAACGAGGCGAGAGAGCUGGAAGAAAAGCUGCAGCAGGAGAUCACUGAUCUGAGGAGGAAAGACGCAGAGCUGGAGCAGCUCUCACAUACAGAGGAUCACCUACACUUCCUGAACAACUACUCUUCACUGUCUCAGCUUAAUGAAUCUACAGACCCUCCCAGCAUUGAUGUCUGUCCUCUGAGCUUUAUUAAGGGUGUAACAGCGGCUGUAACAGAGUUCAGAGAUGAACUACAGGAUGUUCUGAGUGACAGCAGGGCCAGGAUCUCAUCAGCAGUGACUGAGGUGGAAAUUUUACCUCUUCUAGAGCCAAAAACCAGAGCAGACUUUUUGAGAUAUGCUCGCCACAUCACACUGGAUCCAAAUACAGCACACAAAAAACUGUCUUUAAAUAACGGUAACAGAAAGGCAACAUUACUGGCAGCAGAGCAGUCAUGUUCAGAUCACCCAGCCAGAUUUAUUCAGUGGUGGCAGGUCCUGAGUACAGAGGGUCUGACUGGACGUUGUUACUGGGAGGUGAAGUGGAGUGGGUCUGUUAAUGUAGCAGCUGCUUACAAAAAUAUCAGCAGAACAGGGACCAUAAAUGAAUGUGGAUUUGGUUACAAUGACAAAUCCUGGUCAUUAGAAUGCAGAUGUGGUUAUUCAUUCAGACAUAAUGGUAUAAGUACUACCAUCUCAGGACCCCAGUCCCCCAUAUUAGGAGUUUACCUGGAUCAUCAGGCAGGUACCCUGUCUUACUACAGUGUCUCUGAAACCAUCACCCUCCUCCACAGGGUCCAGACUAAGUUCACUAAGCCUCUUUAUCCUGGAUUCUGGUUACCAGUCAGUGCUGGAGACAAUGCUGAGUUUUGUGAACUCAAUUAGACAACAGAAAAUAGUCAAAAGCCUCUUUUUAUGGGCUUUAGCCACAUAAUGCGAUCAGUACUGCUGGUUUUUGUGAGUUCAUGUUAACAGAGUGAUCCAUCUCUGGUGCUGUUGAGACCAAACGGCAACUUAAAGGUUAUUUGCAAUUCUAGUCGGGUGUUCAACUGCAGUUUGCUUGUCACUACCUGUACUUGUCUAAGUAAAGUAAACAAGCAACAAGUAAAUUAAGUGUAAUCUUAAAAGAACUUAAAAAUGGUAAAAUAUGCAGUUUUUAAUUUUGGAAUCAAUCUCUCAUGUUUGAUUAAAUCUGGUUUGUGGA